AUUUUGUCGUAAAAUCUCUCUCUCAAAAAAAUCCUAAUCUUUAGUCUCAGAACGUAGAGAGAGGGUUUUAGGUAAAACCCAAGGCCAUGGCUUUGAGAACAGCGGCUGCGGCUGCGCCUCGCGGUUUGAGGCGUUUCUUCUCAACUUCGACCCCAGCCUUCAAUUUUCCCCCGUCGGCAGCCGCAGUGGCUCAGCAGAGAGAAAAGGCCGAGCCCAGCACCAACCUCUUCGUCUCGGGGCUUAGUAAGCGUACCACUACAGAAAAACUUCAAGAAGCCUUUUCCCAGUUUGGUGAAGUUCUGCAUGCUAGGGUUGUGACCGAUAGGGUGUCGGGAUAUUCGAAGGGCUUUGGUUUUGUAAGGUAUGCUACUCUAGAAGAUGCUGCAAAAGGUAUCGAGGGCAUGGAUGGGAAGUUUCUUGAUGGUUGGGUUAUAUUUGCUGAGUAUGCAAGACCCAGGCAACCACCUGGCCCACCUGAGAACAAUACGGCUUCUCCAUAUUUCCGUCAGUGACUCCAUUAAACGAAACAAGUUUGUCAUUCAUGAAACUGACUUGGUCUGCAAAUAGCAUUUAUGAAUCAUGGCUCUGUAUCUUUCUAAAGGGGUCGGGAUGGUUGGUUUUUUAUGGCCUCAAGAGUUUUAAAUUGUGGUGGAUAUUAGCCUUAUAAGUGAAUUGAUCAGAUCAAACUGAAAAAUACGAGUCUUCAACUGUUAUAUGUUGCGACUGUCGUGGCAAGAUCUGGAUUGGCUAUUUAUGAACAUUUUGUAGAACUUCAUGUUGUUUA